CUAUAGCAACAUCUAAUCAUCUGAUAUCUGUCAAAAAAAAGUCACGAUCUUUUAAAUCACAUGACAGCUUAGUGGGCUGAAUAUUUUUAUUCCCAAAGACAAUUUAUUGAUAAUACUCAAAGAAAAAAUGGCAAUUUGUGGUCCAAAAUUGUCUUUGUGCGGGCUAAUUAUCAGCGCCUGGGGUAUCAUACAAUUGGCUCUUAUGGGAGUUUUCUAUUGGAUUGAAGCCGUUGCCCUAGCCGAAGACAUCCCCGAAAUUGGAGAAUACCAUUCGUUGAGCGAUUUCUAUUCGAAAAUGACCAACGGAUACCAACAGAAUGCAAUUAAUUGCUGGAUCGCAGCCCUGCUAUACCUCAUCACGAUGGCCCUGUCAGCCCAUCAGUUCUGGUUGAACAACCGAUCAUCUCUGAGUGUUUAGAAAAAAAUCGUGGCCAAAAUCAGUAUUUUACGCCUUUAUAAUAGGCCACCCUAAAUUCAAGCCUGUACACUCUUAAAUCUUUAUUUGUCCAUUCCUAAAAUAGAUUAUAGUUGUUUUAAAUAAGUUUAUUUUUAUUAGUUCUUUAACACAAGUCAUGAUCCAUUAUCUUCAUGUGCAAAAUCCUUAAUUUCAAGUCAUGUAGGUAUGAAUCAUAUCUGACUGUGAAAUAAUAAAAGAACAGGAAUAAUUAACAGUUAUUGUAAAAAAUAAAUUAUUUAAUUUAGUAAAUGUGUUUUAAAAAACAAUAAGAUCCUCUAACAAAUGUCUAAUAUAAUAGUCCAGGAGGCAGUGAAAUUUUUUAGCACUUAUUUU